AUGUUCAAAAAUCCCAAUUACGUGUAUGGACCCGAGGAUAGAUAUGUGCCGGCAAAGUUGAACGCCGGUGAAUUUCUGUUGCAGAAAAUAUGGCAGUUCAGAGAUACAGUUGCUUUGAUAAAUGGAUUGACGGACGAGAAACUAACGUACGGGGAUAUGGCCCAAGAGGCUAUGAACCUGGCCGUUUCACUGGUGAAGCUAGGGAUACGCAAGGGGGAUGUAAUAGCAAUUUGCACAGAAAACCGACGAGAAUUCUGGAGUACGGUAAUUGGGGUAUCUUGUGCCGGCGCCGUGGUAACGACUAUUAACAUGAUCUACACUGAAGAUGAGUUGAAACAUGUUAUGGGUAUAUCUAGACCGAAGCUAGUAUUCUGUUCACCCUUGGCGUACAAAUCGCAGGCGAAGAACUUCAGAGGUCUAUCAUACGUGAAGAAUAUAAUAGUCUACGGUGAGGAGAGACUGCGGAAUACGUUAUUAUACAAGGACCUCGCUGUAGCCGGCCCCGGCAAUAACCGGAACAUAAUUGAAAAUGUAAAAUAUGAGGACUUCACGGCGGUGGACGUGGAGGGCCAGAAUGAUCCGAUGAUGAUUUUGUAUUCCUCUGGCACUACCGGCCUUCCUAAAGGUGUUAUGAUAACGCACCUCAACACAGCGACGGCUUGUGCGUCUACAUUAGAUACGCCGGCAUUAAUGUCCCUAACCAUCACGCCGUGGUACCACUCAUUGGGGCUAGUAAGCAGCCUUAUUGGAUUUGUAAAGGGAAGGACCGUGGUUUUUCUACCGAGAUUUGAAGUGGAUCUGUACCUGAAGACGAUAGAGAAAUAUAAGAUCACCCAACUGACACUAGUGCCACCUGUACUGGUGGCUUUGUGCAAAUCACCCUCCAAGUAUGAUGUCAGUUCUGUGCUGGUGAUUUUUUCUGGUGCAGCUCCCCUACAUAAGGAGACUGUGGAUGCUGUUCAUGAAAGAUUUCCUAAUGCACAAGCAGUGCUUCAAGGGUACGGUUUAACUGAAUCCACUUUGGCUGUCACUAUAAAUACUGAUCCCGAUAAAGAAGGUAGUGUGGGCCAAGCCAAUUCCAACACUAUCAUAAAGAUCGUUGAUCCAGAUACUAGAAAAGUAUUAGGGCCAAACAAAGAAGGGGAAAUUUGUAUCAAGGGUGCAAUGAUAAUGAGAGGUUAUGUAGGAAAGAAAAGACAAGAGGACUUUGACGAAGAGGGGUUCUUUAAAACUGGUGACAUUGGAUACUUCGAUGACGAAAAAUAUUUGUACAUCGUCGAUCGACUUAAAGAACUCAUUAAAUAUAAAGCUUACCAGGUGGCUCCAGCAGAAUUGGAGGCAUUGCUUCUAAAGCACGAGGCCGUGCGCGACGUUGGAGUAGUUGGAAUACCGCACGCGUCGGCGGGCGAGGUGCCCCUCGCGUUCGUAGUAAAGCAACCCAAUUCCGACGUAACGGAGGCUGACUUGAAAAAAUACGUAUCUGAAAAGUUAUCGAAUCAUAAGCAUCUUCGAGGCGGAGUGCGUUUCGUCGAUACAAUACCAAAGUCGUUAACAGGAAAGAUUUUGAGAAAGGAACUACGAAAAAUGGUCAAGUCGAAGAAGAGUGCAUGUCGACAGGGCCACGGGAACGCUUUCGCACACUUUCACACCCCUAACAGACUCAGCAGCUCCUCUUCCAAAAUACUCAAGUACAUGGUGCAUAUCGGCAGAGCCACGGGAACACUUUCGCACACUUCCGCGACCGCGACCGCGAAGGGCAGGAAGAACGGCGCACCGCAAUACCGACACUCCUCUCCCACCGCAGCCCCACCACCACUGCAUCAGCGGAUGGCCGAGCGCUCUAAGGCGCCAGACUCAAGGUUUCCUUGCCCAUUGCAGUGGGUUCGGGCGUUCUGGUCCUCUCUGAGGGCGUGGGUUCGAAAAUCCCACUUC